AUGGAUAUUUCGCGCCUGCAACACUCGUUGCACCGCCCUCCCAUUGUUCAUGGAAGGGACGUCGGUGCAGCGUCGUCCUUGGCCGUCAAACCGCAUCUCGACUCUCCCAUCAGCGGCGCUCUCUCAUCGAAUUCGCCAGGUCACGGCCCAGCGCUCACCUAUCUUCGCCAUCCUGCUCUUCAUGGCCAUGGCCACAGCCACAGCCACGGUCACGGUCACGGUCACGGUCACGGCCCUGUUCAUGCUCACAAUCAAGCAAACGCAAACGCAAAUGCUCACCCGCAGCCUCGCCCUCACCCCCAUGUUCACGCCCAUGGCCAGAGCCCUACACAUAGCCAUAGCAACAGCCAUGGUCAUGACGAGAGCAUCGACUACCGCGAGCUGAGCGACGAGAAAUCUCCCAUCAACGGCGAAGAACCUCCCAAGAAGAAGCAGAAGCGCAACAAACCGACCUUGUCAUGCCAUGAGGAAACCUCGAGAUCGGCUGCCAAUGGACGCCGCAUGACGAGGCCUCCCAAGAAAAGGAGCAAUGCCGACGGUCCUGCCAUAAUUCCUAACAUUGCCGACAGAGGCGCGAUCAACGACCAAGAAGGCUCCUCACGUGGCGCGGCCGCACUCUCCAUAGGCUUGCUAUCCCAUGUUCCUUAUUCUGUUACCAAGGCCAGCAACGUCUUUGGCAUCGGGUCCGAGUAUCCAUUUGCCAACUAUUGGACGUGCGAAGGAGGACUGCCUGAAGUGAUCUCUGUGCUACCGGACAAGAUUCACGCAGAUAGUCUUGUUGCUCGGUAUUUUGAGUGCGUGGAUCCCGUCUACCCCAUGAUUCACCGUCAAACCUUUUACGCCGACUACGAACACUUCUGGAGCAUGAAAACCGAAGAGCGAAAUCAAAUGGAUCCGUCUUUUAUCGCCUUGAUCUUUGUUAUUCUCGCCCUCGGCACGCAAUUUGUCACGUCCACGACACCAAAAGAGCGUAAGCAGACUGCCGAGUUCUACGCUUCCGCCUCGAAUCAAGCUCUCCGCAUGUUCUCAUACCUUAGUUCCGCAUCAAUACGGUCUAUCCAGGCCAUGGUGCUCAUUACCUACUUUCUCAUCAACGAUAACCACGCGUCUGACGGCUGGGCUUUUGCUGGUAUAUUAAUUAGACAAGCCUACGCCAUGGGGCUGCACCGCGACCCAAAUAUCGUAACCCCCAAUGCCAACCCCUUCGAAAAACAGCAGCGCCGAAAGGUUUGGCAGGCCGUUCUUUUACAGGACACGUUCUUGACCGUCCUCUUAUCCCUGCCGCCUUCCGCCACCCACACUGAUGUUUCUGUCGAGGACUUGCUGGACGACAGUUCGUCUAUUGCGAGCAGCGACCCGACAGACACGGCCUACAUCAGAGGAUCGUGGAUGCUGGCCAACCUGGUUCAGGAGACUAUUUGUUCGCCCCGUUCAUUAGACGUCCCUAUUUGUACAACCGUACGGCACAAGUCCAAACUAGUAGCGGACUUUCGGGCUGUGUAUCGGUCAUUUCCCGACGUUUUCCGAUCGUGGGAUACAGAUAGUCUGACGGCGGUGGCGAGCACCAACAAGCGCAUUGUGCGACAAACUCUAUUCUUGACCAGCAACUACUUUCAUAACCUGAUGCUGGUGCAUGCGUCAGAAAGUCCCGACGUCCCAGUCAACGUGCGAGGGACUUUGGAAGCAGCACACGACGCCAUUAGUGCCUUCUUCCUGAUGUUUAGUCUACUGGAGUCAGAAGCCCGAGUAUGGUGGGUCUUGAAUCAUCGAGCAUUCUUGGAAGCACUUUGCAUCGCCAAUGUUUUGCGAGAAACAGCAAAGGAAGCAGCGGGCAAGGACAUACUAGCCAGGGACCCCCUAUUUGUGAGAGCCAGAAGCGACAUCACACGAAUGAUUCAGAUCAUGGAGCUCAUUGGCUCGAAUAACGAUGUUGCGCGAACCCGUGUGCAUAUAUUGAGUGAGUUUUUGGAGGACACUGACACGGCUUAA